GGCUGUGGGGGUGGUGCCCAGGAGGAAGGGACUCCCAGGAGCGGGGGAGACCCCCAAAAGUGUGGGGCCAAGGAGGGGGGGGCUGUGCCCAGGAGCGGGGAACCCCCAGGAGUGUGAUUUUGCAUGGGGCACCCCUCGGAGCUGGGUGAAGAGUUUGUAGGGGGUUGUGGCCCGGUGGUCUCCCCCCGACACCUGGGGCAGGUGGGUGCCAGGAGAGAGGAGAAGCUCAAGGGGUGAGGGCCUGAGUGAUCUGGGGUCUCUAAAAGAAAGAGGUGGAGGAACAGUGAGGGUAGGCACCCUGCUUCCCCCGCUCCUGCAGGUGUGUGGCAUGAUGAGUUCCCCUGGCAGGGCCAGCAGCGCGUUUCCCCUGCACGUCCUGGUCUGGAAUAAUGACUACAGGCGGCUGGACGAGGAGCUGCAGGACAAGUAAUGUUCUCGCCUGUGAAAGUUUGCCAUUAAAUAAGGAUCGUUCUGCGUCUUGUUAAGUCUGAGACUGCAGUUCACACCUGUGAAGUGCUGUUUCCUACCUCAAGUACUUUAUACUUUAUAGAUGCUCUUCUGUUUCAAAUCUCUAAGCUAAUAGUGAAAAAUAUGUAAGGAUGUUGAUCAACGUGAUCCUCGAGGCCGGACCUUGUUGCACCUUGCUGUUUCCUUGGGCUAUAUAGAAUCUGCCAAAGUCCUCCUUCAACACAAGGCAGACGUAACUAAAGAGAAUGCACAGGGAUGGACAGUUUUGCAUGAGGCUGUCAGUACAGGAGAUCCAGAGAUGGUACAAAUGAUUCUGCAGCAUCGGGACUACCAGCAGACUUCUAUGACACUUGGAGGAGUUCCUGAAUUACUCCAAAAGAUUAAUGAGACCCCUGACUUUUAUGUGGAAAUGAAAUGGGAGUUCACUAGCUGGGUCCCACUGGUUUCUAGAGUUUGUCCGAGUGACGUCUGCCGCAUCUGGAAAAGUGGUGCCAAGCUGCGUGUCGAUAUCACUUUACUGGGCUUUGAAAAUAUGAGCUGGGAGAGAGGAAGGCGUAGUUUAAUUUUCAAAGGAGAAGAUACUGGAGGCUGGGCAGAACUAAUUGAGAUAAAUCAUGAUGAUAAGUUUGUUACAACGGAGCGUUUUGAGAUUUCCCAACACAUGAAGCGUUUGACAUUGGGAUCUAUGACACCAAAAAGAAAAGAUGUGGAAAGACGCCUUACCUCUCCAAUUAUUAAUACAUGCCUUGAUACAAAAAAUAUUGCUUUUGAAAGAACCACAUCUGGAUUCUGGGUAUGGAGGACAGAAAAAGCAGAAGGCGUAAAUGGUUAUGAAGCAAAGGUAUACAUUGCAAACAAUGUGAAUGUGGUCACAAAAAUACGAACGGAACAUUUAACAGAAGAGGAGAAGAAAAGAUAUAAAGCUGACAGGAACCCCCUGGAAUCAUUUCUGGGUACGGUGGAGCACGAGUAUGGUGCUCAGAGUACGACCAAGACGACAGAGUAUGCCACAAGUAAUAAUCCGACUGCUAUUACUCUGGAAGAAUACUUUGACCCAGAAUUUGAUUUGAAAGGUAGAGACAUAGGAAGACCGAAAGAAGUCACCAUUCGAACGCAGAAAUUUAAAGCAACCUUGUGGAUGAGUGAAGAGUUCCCCUUGUCUCUGAUGGAACAAGUCACUCCAAUCAUUGAUCUGAUGGCCAGAACUAGCGCUCAUUUUGCCAGACUUAGGGAUUUCAUCACUCUGGAAUUUCCACCAGGAUUUCCUGUCAAAAUUGAAAUUCCCUUAUUUCAUGUGCUGAAUGCCCGAAUUACAUUUGAGAAUGUCAAUGGCUGCAGGACAGCUGACAAGACAACGUCACAAACGGUUGGAGGUGCACAGUGUGAUUCAGGUGCGAAUUUCGAGGUUGACCAGUCGGUGUUUGAGAUCCCCAAAUCUUACCACAUCCAAGAUGACGGUAGGAACAUACAUGUGCAGGACGAAGAUAACGAGAUCAUGCAGUUUGCCAUUCAGCAGAGUUUGUUGGAAUCCGGUGGAAAUAAAGAAGUGGGGGUGCAUUCCAAUGGAGCAGUUGCCUAUUCACAGGACUUCAAUAUACAGUAUCAGAGGGCACUGCAGGAGAGCUAUCUAACAAGCUCAGGUAACUCACACGGCAGCACCCCUAGCGAACCUUCCAGUUUUGAAAAGGACUUACAGCUUGCCAUGGAGUUGUCUGUCCGAGAGCAGGAGGAACGGGAGAAGCAACGUCGUGAAGAGGAAGAUGCAGAGCUUCAGCAAGUUUUACAGCUUUCUCUUGUGGAAAAAUAACUCCUUAGCGAUCUCCUGAAAUAGGGUUGACCAAAUCUGCAUAAAACUGAAGGCUUUCAGAGCUAUCAGUCUGAAGACCUCUCCUGGAUUGCUUAAGUAAACAUUUCAUCUGCCUUCUAAGUCGGCAUCAUCAGCUACAAAAAAAGCUGAUUUAUUUUUGUUUGAGGGAGUUUCAGAUCAUGGGACUCUGCGUUUGGCUCCCCAGUCAUGCAGUCUCAGCUUUGAAGGAAAGGUUUUUAUCUAAAGAAAAGGUAUUUAUUGAAGAGCAGAUGGAAAUUUUGCUUAGCAUCAGGGCAUAGGAUUGCAGUAAAGCUUGAAAACCUGAUUUAUGGGGGAGUUCAGGAGGGAAACUUCAUUAACUUACCAAAGAAAUACACAUCCGCUUAGUCAUUUCUGAAUAAUUCAAAGCCAUUGGUUGCUUCUUCCAGUUGUUACGUGGAAGAGUAUCUAUAUGCAUAUACACACAUGCGGUAGUUCUUCAUGCUGACAGAUGUUUUCUGUUAGUUUUGUUUAUAUGUGAUUAUCUCUUCUCUAGUUACUGAGAUUUUAUCACGUGCUCCUGCUUAAGAGGGAUAAUUUUAUACUUGAACAGCUAAUCCAAGUCAAGAUUAAACUAGUGCUUUUUUGAAAAAGGACAAAACACGUAGCCAGUAAAAUUUUAGAUCCUAAAACGGGACCAUCUGUCCAGUAAAGUAGCAGUUUCUGCAGUGAUUCAAAACCAGCCAGUUCCGGUAGUCAGAGGGCAGCAAGAAAAGCGAUAGAUACAGGUGCUUCUUCGCGAUCACUUGGUGUGUGUGCAUGGGUGCGUGCCUGCGUGUGGGUGCUAAAUUCAAAUAGAAAAGAAUUCAGGUGAAAUUUUAAUGUAUACUUAUUGGAAGAUAAGUUUUAAUUCUGUCAUCUGAAAGGGAAACGUGUGUUGCUUUUUAAAAUUCAAAUGCUCAUCCUUCAUGUGAAUGCAUAUAUUUUUUUAUCUGAGUAUUUUUAUUGAUUUUAAAACAAGCCAAUAUGACUACGCUCAUAAAAAUGGUAUUGUAACAGAUCACAAGUAUGUUUUAACCAGCUUUCCUCAGGUCUGUCGUCAUACGAUAUAUUUGUAGCUAUUUUACCUGCACUUCUGCCAGCGUUUACAGUACUUACACUGUGACUCUCAAGUGCACUCCACAAGUACACAAUGUACAUCCACGGGAAAGCCUUAUAGUAGCUAAAUGUGAGCAAUAUUCCUCGGUUCUGGCUGGCAGAAGUGUGGAAAAAAUCUAUGGUACACAUGGUCUGACCUUGCUACCUAAUCCUGCACUUGUUCCUUGGGCAAAACAGGGCGGUUCUGUGUGACCAACUAUUAACCAGGAUAAAAAUAAUGAUAAAAUGGACUUGAUCAUAACCAGUGAGAUAGUUGGUAACUUGGAACCCUAUUUUAAACCAAUAAUCCAUUGUUUUACAUAGCAAAUGAUUAAAAUUCCUUCAGCGUACACUAGAACUGGUAGGUCUGCACCGUUUUUGUUUAAUGAUACAGCUUGCGUCCCUAAAUAGCUUAUUUGGUGUUUGCAGGAAGGGUGACUGUCUUGCACAGCGGCAGUGGUCUAUGUUGGAAUUGCAUCUUUCCUUGAAAAGGGGAUUACUGUGACUUUCGCAGUUGAAAAAAAGGGAAUAAGCUUUGCCUUGAGCUCUUGACAAAGUUGUGAGGUAGGAGAUGAAACUGUGGUUUUUUCCUCCAGUGGAAAUAAAGAGUGCUGUUGCCUUUAUAAAACCAGCUGUCUGG